CUCUGUGUCACGCUGGGGUGUUACCUUGAAGACUCGGGCCGUGUCGGUGCAGUUCCUCCCAUCCUCUCAUCUCUGACAGACACACAGAUAGCAGGAAAAGAAAGUAGCAUUGCUUCUCCCUUCAGCUGCAACUCGCACGCGUACGUACACUGGAAACCGGACAAAUGUUCCCACUGGCAUGGACGCUGCUGGCCCUAUCAAUCUGGACGUGCGGUUCAGGACAGACAUUUUUCCAAGAAACCGUCAAAACUCUUUACCCGAAACUCAGGGGCAGUGAAACGCUCGAAUGCGACUGUGCGGACUUCUCCUGUGACUCCGUCUACUGGUUCCGCAGCGUUUUCAACAGUGACGAAGUCGAAUUCAUCGGCAAAUGUACCAACGCUGAACGUGUCUACUAUGGAAAUGUGGCAAAAACACGAUUAACACUGAACAAGAAGGGAAGCAGCUCCUUCAUGUUGCGCAUCUCCAAACUGACGGAGGCGGACUCGGGCAUUUAUUCUUGUGUCCUCAAGAACAGGACCAACGAUGAGAUGUGGAAGUCCGGGACGCUUCUUCUGCCAGGAGUGACCCCUCCAACGGAACCCCCGGCGAUAAAACCGCCGCCGCCAGUCAAACCAGGCUGCCGCUGCGUUAACACCAAACCCCGACAGGCUCCGGACGGCUGCGGAUCCCUAGUUCUGUGGCCUUUGGUCGGACUGAUAUCAGCCUUGGCUUUCGCUCUGCUCUGUGUGCUUUACUACUUUAGCCGGCUUCCUAAAAAAUGUCGUCAUCACUUCGUGAAGCAGCGGCUGGUGAAGUAAAGCGUUACUUAAACAGAUUAUUUCUCCUCACCUGACUCUGGAGGACGUAACUUCGCGUGAAGAGACUUCCAGUAACAGCGAGACGUGUUUCUUUGUAGAGAAGUGUGUCCUCGGCUACAUUGCAGUUUUUUGCUACCAGCAGAAGAAACUUUGUAAGAUAUUGUGAUAUAUUGGACAAGAUUUUAUGAAUUUUUUUUUUUGUUUGUUUUUGAAAACUCUGUUCAGUUCAAAUCCCCAUGCUGUAACUUCUCAUCUGUGAAAAUUCUCUCUGUUACAACGGUAAUCGGAAUGGACCAGCAAGAAUCAGAAGAAUAAAUGUUUUAAAUAUUUGUUCUCAUAGAUUUCUGACAGUAGACGUUUCUCAAAUAACUAGAUGUGACAGUUACAAUCAAACUUUUCAAAACAAAAAUACAGAACUGAUUUAUUUCAGCAUGUUUGGUUUUUCUGUAAUCCUUUGUUAUUUGUUUUUGCUCAUUGUCGUCGCAGUAUACUGUUUAUCUUCCUGUCUUGAAGAAGAACAUAUUGUCAUGUUCAUAUUUCUGUUGGAUCAAUAAAUGUUUGAAUUUCUGA